AGCAUAACAUAAUAUAAUAGUCAUCCACUUUAUACUGCUUAUCCUGUGCAGUGUCUGAUCACAAGUCAAACGUGGGACUGACUUUUUCACCCAGUUUUUGACACAAUCUUUAAUUUUGUUUUGUAAUUGUUACUCAGUAAUGGCGGUGGGUCCCUGUAGUCAUGUUCCCUACCUGCCAAAAUACGCUGCUACCGUGAAUGAACUCGGGUAAUAAAAAACAAAAUGUACCUCUGCUCACUGUUGUUCAGACUCGAUCAGUAAGACAGAGAGGAGGAGAAAGGAAUAACGUUCUGCUUUGAUUUCCUCACAUUUAGAUUUCAGCAGCGUUAUUCAUGUUUACUAUUGUCUUCGGUCAUGUCAGAGUACUUGCUUUCAGACCGGCACGUUUUCAUUCUUGCCGUCCUGACAUACAGACAGCAAAAGCAUUCUCUUUAAUUCCCCGUCAAUUGUCAGUCAUUGUUUCUAUAAAUCCAGGGUCAUGAAAAGCCAAGCUUGUUGCCUAGCAAUACAAUUGAAAUGAUAUUAAACAGAUACACACUCGAGCCACCUGAGACGCCAGGCAGGCGGCAAACCUCAAAUACUGUUGGAGGCGUUGCACAGACAUAUUGCCUUUUGCAUGCAGGAAUAAAAGGGAAAUUAAUGAGCACUACUUGGAGAAAACACAAGAGAACACAGCAAGCAGUUGCUGUCUCAUAACUGCAUGCGCUCAACUGGGCUAUUGUAAUAUUAUCUGCAAUAAUCAGGAUUGUAACCGUACGCCAUAAUGACAGUUCAGUACGUACCUCAGUUUUAAGGUCCGUUCAGUAUGCAAAAAAAUGCAAAAGAGCUUAACUGCCCAGCUUUUGUGUAGUAUUUAAAAUAAAGCAUGCAAUAUGCUGGCAGGAUGCUCUUAUGAACACAGUUCUCAAAAAAUACAAAUAUACUGUAGAUAGAUAUAACAUGUGGGCGGCACGGUGGCAGAGGGGUUAGUGCGUCUGCCUCACAAUACGAAGGUCCUGAGUAGUCCUGGGUUCAAUCCCGGGCUCGGGAUCUUACUGUGUGGAGUUUGCAUGUUCUCCCCCUGACUGCGUGGGUUCCCUCCGGGUACUCCGGCUUCCUCCCUCCUCCAAAAACAUGCACCUGGGGAUAGGUUGAUUGGCAACACUAAAUUGGCCCUAGUGUGUGAAUGUGAGUGGGAAUGUUGUCUGUCUAUCUGUGUUGGCCCUGUGAUGAGGUGGCGACUUGUCCAGGGUGUACCCCGCCUUCCGCCCGAUUGUAGCUGAGAUAGGCUCCAGCGCCCCCCGCGGCCCCGAAGGGAAUAAGCGGUAGAAAAUGGAUGGAUGGAUAGAUAUAACAUAUAUAACCGUCCCACCAGGAUUUUGCAGGUUUUUACUUGUUAUUUUUGUGUCCUAAAAUGUCUGAAUUUUUGGCAGGUUCUUCAGAAAGUUGCUGCAAAAGGCAGUAAACACACAUUUUCUGCGCUUAUUGUCAAAUGAUUGUCCUGUUUGAAUAAAUUAUAAGUUACUCAUGAUCGUAAUAAUGAAUUAUAAUUAUAAAAAGAACCACCACAAAAGGCUUUUUUAUUGUCUGGUGUCUGCUCUGUUGCUGCGGGAAUCUGUGGUGGGCCCUGGGCUACAAGGGAUGGUGAUGAUUGUGCCGUUUGAGCAAUAAAGAGUUGAUACAUUUUUACAUGUUGCUGUUCUUGGCUGUAACUGCUGGUCAGAAACAAAUUUGACUGGCAAAAAUGACAAUGAUUGGCUAAAAUGUACAGGGAGAUUGCAUGUUUUGGACAAAGUUGCAAGGCCUACAUAUUUUACAAGGAUUGGUCGAAUUUGCUUGAAUACAAUGCCGAGUAUUUCUUAAGGGUUGGCAUUAGGGAUGUCCGAUAACAUCGGGCUGCCGAUAUUAUCGGCCUAUAAAUGCUUUAAAAUGUAAUAUCGGAAAUUAUCGGUAUCGUUUUUUUAAUUAUCGGUAUCGGUUUCUUAAAGUAAAAUGACAUAAAAUGGCGACUCUUGAUGACCUCAUCAAACCGCCGCGAGCGGAGCAUGUGUUACCGGUGCUAUAGCCGGUGCUAACAAGCGAGCUCGCUCGGUGACUGACUCACGACACCAUGUCUAUGGUUUGGGAACAUUUUAAAGUGUGUCCGACUGAUUAAAAAAAUGGCAAUUUGCAAUGACUGUAAAAAGUUGGUUAUGCGAGGAGGAACCAAGACGUCUUCGUUUAAUACAAGCAAUUUGAUCUCCCACCUCUUCAAAAAUCACAAGGAGAUACACGCUGAAUACAAGCGGAAGAUGGAUGCAAAAACACCAAAAAAAGGUAGCACACAGUUGUCGCUUAUAGACUGCGCCGAGAAAAAAACAAAAUACGACAAAAACCACCCCAGGGCGAAAGCCAUAAGUCAGAAAAUAAUUGGGUGUAUCGCCCUGGAUAACCAACCAUUUUCGAUUGCACAAGACAAAGGAUUCACCAAACUUGUGGAAUUCCUGGAGCCACGCUAUGCCAUGCCCAAUCGCAAGUAUUUCUCAGAAGAGGCCUUACCUGAAUUGUACGGCAAUGUUUCCAAUCACGUCGAAAAGUUAAUUUCUGAUGCUGUAUCCCUUAGCUUCACCACAGAUAUAUGGUCUUCAAGUGUUAGCCAGGUUAGCAUGUUGAGCUUGACUGCGCAAUGGCUAGAUGAGGAUUUUGCGAUGAAGAAGGCUGUGCUUCAUUCUCAAGAGUGCCGUGGCUCUCAUACAUACGACGCAAUCUCAUCUGCAUUUGAAGGGAUGUUUGAGAAAUGGAAAAUCCCCAAGGCGAAAGCCCACGUUGUGGUCAGGGACAACGCACGCAAUAUGGCCAAAGCUACGAUGGAGUUUGGUGUGGCUAGUCUGCCCUGCAUGGCGCACACUUUGCAGCUUGCAGUGAACGGAGGUGCCCUUUUGCAACGCAGCAUUUCGGAAGCUCUGGCUGUGGGGAGGCGACUGGUAGGCCACUUCAAGCACUCACCACUAGCUUGCAGUCGUUUGGAGGACGUACAAAAGGAACUCCAUAUGAAAGCCAAAAAGCUCCAGCAAGAUGUGUCCACCAGGUGGAAUUCCACCUUUUACAUGAUGCAGAGCCUGGUGGAGCAGAAGAGGGCAUUAAGUGCAUAUGCUGCUGAUUACGACCUCCCUGCAAUGUUGACAGCAACCCAAUGGGGAAUUAUGGAGAAGAUGAUCACCCUACUGGGACCUGUUGAACAAAUAACCAGAGACAUCAGCCGUGCACAGGCCACUGCUGCAGAUGUUGUCCCUGCUGUAGUGUCCCUGACGCGGCUGCUUGCCAAGGAGGAUGACUCCGAUAAAGGUGUGAAAACAUGUACUACUGGAAGCCGUUUGUGAUCGCUUCAAAAGUGUCCAAAGUGAGCCUCUUUAUGUCAUCGCAACCAUGGUUGAUGCUCGUUUUAAAGAUCGCUAUUUUGACAUGGAUAAGAAGGAGGCAGCACGCAAUCUGCUUCUGAAAGUGGUAAAUGAAAUGGCCAGCCAUGAGAGUGAGGAUCAGCAAGGAGAGUCUGCUGGUGCCCAAGGAGAGGCUGCUGGUGCCAGUACAGAGGAUAUUGGCCGAUAGAGGAGUUGGACCAGGAGGACUGCCCCCCUAAGAAAGCCCGAACUGGAAUCUUGACACUGCUGGACAUCUACCAUGAAAUCCUCGAGCAGAAUUAUGUCACUGAACAAGAAACUGCAGGCAAGACAGCAUCAGAGGUGUAUGGAUACCUGGGAGAAGCUAUCCUCAAGAAAGGAUGCCCUUUGGAGUACUGGAGGCUCACCAAGGACCGCUUCCCUGCUGUUGCCCGUGUUGCACCCAAGUACCUCACCGCACCCUGCACCAGUGUCGACAGCGAACGUCUGUUUAGUGCUGCCGCCCAUAUCAUCGACAAGAACAGAAAUCGCAUACAUUGUGACAAUGCUGAGAUGCUUGUUUUCAUUCAGACAAAUCUACCUCUCACACGUGAUGACAAGGAGAAAAAGAAUUAGCCCACUCUUUGAGCUUCAUCUGUUGCACAAAUAGACUAAUAGUCUGGACGGAGUGAAGCUGUUUUAUUUAUGUUUUGUGCCUUUUUUCCCCAUGCACUUUAAAGGAUGGCUGUGUUUUCUACUAGUCGAGACUGAAGCAGUUUUAUUAAUGUUCAUGCACUUUAAAGGAUGGCUGUGUUAUCUACUAGUCUAGACUGAAGCAGUUUUUUAUUUUUGUGCUUUUCUUGUUUUUAUUUGCACAUUUUUGUUACUCGUACAAAUACAUUAAGAACAGGGCAGAUUGAGCCCAGUUUAUAGUAUACUCUGGACUGAAGCUGUGUGCCUUCAUUGUUUUUGUAGCUGUUGUUUUGAGGCAUGUUUAAAAAAAAUUAAUAAAAAAAUGCACUUUGUCAAAGUCAAAGUACAGUGUCUCCCAUAGUUGUAGUGGGUAUCAGGAUUAUUUCAGGGAGAGCAUGUCCCACAUUCCAAGCUGCUGUUUUGAGCCAUGAUAAAAAAAAUAAUGCACUUUGUGACUUCAAUAAUAAAUAUGGCAGUGCCAUGUUGGCAAUUUUUUCCAUAACUUGAGUUAUAAGUUGUUCUCUUAUUUUGGAAAACCUUGUUACAUUGUUUAAUGCAUCCAGCGGGGCAUCACAACAAAAUUAGGCAUAAUGUGUUAAUUCCACAACUGUAUAUAUCGGUAUCGGUUGAUAUCGGUAUCGGUAAUUAAGAGAUUGGACAAUAUCGGAAUAUCGGAUAUCGGUAAAAAGCCAUUAUCGGAUAUCCCUAGUUGGCGUACAGAAAAAUGUAAGGAUGUGGGGGCCCAAUUUGAUACAUUUUGUGCAUUGGAGAUGCUAAAAACAAUCCAAUGGUUGCUGAUUGCACUGUGUUAUGCUCUGUGUCAUAGUUGACAAGAAAAAUUAGUGUAAUAUCUAUAUAACAAAUUAAAAUUUUUGAAAAAAGCCAUUAAAACCAUAGCGAUACACCAAUUUUACGAUACAAUAUUCAGUCAAUAAUACAAUUUUAUACACUUACAUCAUUUUAUGAAAGUUUUUCUAGGAACAGUGUGAGUUUGGUGGCAUUUUGUGAGUGUUACAUUAACUUAGAUUGAAUGAAGAGUUCAAAAACAAAAGAAGAUGGUCUUUUGGCUCCGCAUUCUCCUUUGCAUGAUCGCUAAUCAUGUUUUCUGCUGGCAGCUAGCAAAAGCCUGGGCUGCACAUGUCCCUAGAUGUCUGAUUCCACACCGAAUGUCUCACCUUUUCGUCCAACCGCAAUCGCAACACAGAAUGCACACAUCUUGUCUCAAACUUAAAAUGGGUACCGUGUGGGGAAUCGUUACACCUCUGU